AUGCGAUACUCUCACAUAGAUCUGCAUACUGUGACCCAAAGAAUGACGACAGCCAAAGUGAGCUUGAAGCUUCUGGUCGACAAGAGAAACCGAACGGUGGUCUUUGCUGAGGCAGGCAAAGAUUUUGUCGACUUCCUCCUCCACAUCCUCGCGUUGCCGGUCGGACAGGUGAUCCAGCUUCUCACGAAAUCUGGGAAAACUGGGAUGGUGGGCAGUUUAGCCAAUCUCUACGGCAGCGUCGAGAAGCUGAACGAUGUGUUCAUCAAGUAUUCCAAGAAGGAAAUUCUCUUGAAACCCAAAGCACCCGACUUCCUCGCCGAAAUCCCGAAUCUGUUGCCUGGGACUUCCUCCUCAGAUUCAACGCCCGGUACCUACUACAGGUGCUCUUCCCGUUUGAGCAUGAACUGCUUGAGCUAUGCGGCUGAGGACCGUUCUGCGAUGUGUCCUCAGUGUAGAAAUCCCAUGAACCAACCAUUCACUCUCGUCAAAUCUCCGUAUGGUAACCGGACCUACUAUGGGUGCUCCUACCGUGUGCACGCUAACUGUUCGAACUAUCUGGCUAAGGAAGGUUCUGCAAUAUGUCCUCAGUGCAGUUAUUCCAUGGGCCAACCAGUCACUCUUGUCAAACCAGCAGCUGAAUUGGACGCUAAGGCCGGCUUUGUGCUCGGGGAGGUGAUGUACAUGGUGACGGAUGAUCUGGAAGUAAAGCCCAUGUCGACUAUUUCGAGCAUUACUUUGCUCAAGAAGUUCAACGCGGAGGAGAUUGAGCAUCUUGAGGAGAAGGUGGUCAGCUUGGGAAUGGACGAGGGUAUCAAGCUGCUGAGGAGUUCACUCCACUCCCAGAAGGUUCUCACUGAUGUCUUCCUCGGUGUGAAGCGAGAGAGAUCGUGA